UAAGCGAUUUGUCAACUGAAGCUUUUAUUUUGGCCUUGCGCCGAUUCAUGUCACGCCGAGGAAAGCCUCGCCAAAUCUUUUGUGACAACGGCACUAAUUUUGUUGGAGCUAGUCGAGAGAUUGCUCGGCUUGUAGAAACCUGUAGUCCUUCAAUGUCAGACCUUGCAAACGAAGGUAUUAAUUUUAAGUUUUCACCGGUUUAUUCACCGCAUUUUGGAGGCCUAUACGAAGCAGCUGUGAAAUCAGCAAAAUUUCAUAUGAAAAGGGUUGUAGGGAACACGCAUUUAACUUUCGAAGAGCUAACGACUCUAUUUGCGCAGAUAGAAGCCAUCCUCAAUUCUAGACCUCUAGUUCCACUAUCUUCCCAUCCCAAUGACCUUUCCCCUCUCACUCCCGGGCACUUCCUCGUAGGGAGACCUCUAACGUCAUUGCCAACGCCUGAUUUAAAGGACGCUAAUCCAAGCCGUCUUCACAGAUAUGCCCGCAUAGAGCAAGCCAGGCAGCAUUUCUGGACAAGAUGGAGCCGGGAAUACAUUUGCGAACUACAACAACGCACCAAGUGGCAGACCAAGCACCCUAACAUCGAGCCUGGCCAACUGGUGCUAAUAAGAGACGAGCGUUGCCCGCCAUUGAAAUGGCCACUCGGGCGCAUCACAUCGGUGUACCCAGGUUCCGACGGCGCCAUCCGGGUCGUCGACAUUUUGACAUCGCAGGGUCAGAUCCGUCGAGCUAUAAACCGGGUCUGCCCCCUGCUAGACGAGGAGUAGCAGCGGCACGAUUCUUCGAGGAGGGCGGAGGUUGUUCACAAGAACAUCACUACGCCGCGUGCCCCACCGCCCGCGCCCGCGGGGCCCCGCGCGCGCCUGUCACAUCUCUUUUGUUUUUACAUCGUUCACAUCAGAGCAACUACGCAAUUUUAAUGUAUUUCCUUGUAACAAGAUAUUCUUGGUAGUAAACCGUUUGAAA